AUGGAAUUCUUCUCCCAACCUACGUCGUUCCAGAGACUGAAUGCGCUAAUCGGCCUUGGUCUCCCGAAAUCGCUACGGGCCCUGGAGAUCACUCUGGACAAAUCUCUGGCCUAUUUGUCUGGUUUAGAGGGCAGCAGUGAUCAACAAACGGUCCUCCGCGACUUCACACGGCUUGUGACGGAGCAUAUCUUUCUUGGAACGAACGGAGUCAACAUCAUAGUCAGAGAUUCGACGCAGAAUCUCGUCAACAUAUGGAGGUCACCGUUGGAGUGUGUGUUUGCGUCACUCCAUGAGCUGAAGCUUCUGCGGGUUGAGUUCGUGCACUCUGAAGGGUUCUCGCCCAAACUGUACGGGCAUCCCACAAAGGUGGAGCAUCUGACCAUCUCUCGAGAUGGGAGUCAAAUCGUCGUCUUCUACCUCCCUCACGUCGAACAGGAAGGAUAUGGCUCUGACAGCGAGCCCCGGGAAACGGGAAUCAUCGGGGCACACAAGGGCGAGGACGUCGAGGCUUCAAGCUGGUCCCCGGAUGGCGCCCAAAUCCUGGCCCUGACGUCCUCGAGGGACCUUCCAGUGAGGCUUCACGUUUGGGAUGCGGAAGGCUUGACUCUUCUACAUUUGAUUCGCUGUACUCCCAUCCCACCACGCGGCGAAUUCCGUAUGUCAACAAACUCCCAUUACGCUCUGAUCUACCUCCCCGGCUGGGGCCGCGGCCUCCUGACAAAACUGCGCCGGCCCGACGCCAGGGUCUAUGUCAUCAAUCUGGCUUCAGGAGAAAUUCACCCCCGUCUGUUCAUAUCCAGAGUUGCGUCUCAAGCCGUGCUGCAAUGCGGCUCCGAGCCCGGCGAGUUCACUGUGCUCGCACUGACCAAAGACGGUACCCUCGUGGUGGACCGCGGCGAAGAAGACCCACGUAGCUCUUCUACUACACCUCAGGCACUGUCAAUACCCUCCAGGUUUACUCCCAAGGCCUUAUCCGCCGACGGGACUCGCGCGUUAUGUUUCGUCGAUGCGUCGCCUUUCCGAAAGUUUCGUACCUUUGCCCUGCUGCGGUUCUGCGUUGUGGACACUGCUACCGGAGAGAUACUAUCGGGGCCAUUCGAAGGCGAUCGGCCUUCGGUUAUCAUUGGUGAACACCCCAGCAUGGAUAUUGAGCGGCGUGGCUCAGAUUCACCGUACCGCGGAGGGUGGUUUUGGAGCACGCAGCAUGGCAGGCUCUACCGAACUCCCGCUCUCGACCACGAACUGGACGUCGGUCGAGUCGCAGUCACGUACGACGGGUCGAUGGUCGUAUGGUCGGAUUCGCGCGGGGUCGUGCACUUCCAUCGGAACGUGGGCGAUGAUGCGACGCUAAUUCCGGGAAGAGUCGAGAAGAGCGAAGGUGCAAGCGUGGAGCUCGGGAAGUCGGAUGAAGGAACGAGCACCAGGGGAAAAGACGUCUGA